AUGUCUUCGAAUUCCGCUGAAUUGAACGGCAAUGGCGCUAGGGCUGAGGUAGUUCCUGAAGUUAUUUCUGACAACGAAAUGCCAAAGAUAGUUCCAGCUGGCGAUGGAAGUUAUUGCAUAAAAAUAUUUCGAUCAUCGUUGAAUUUAUUAGCUCAUUUAUUAAUCGGGAUAGUAGUCGGUGUGUCACUUCUUUACUGUUUUAGAGGAGGUUUGCCUCUCGCCUUAGUCGCAAUGGUCUUUACUGUAGCGGGUUUCUUGAAUGGCUGGACAUCGUGGUACUCUCAAGAAUUACGUAAAUGUCUACCGCCCGCUUUGUCCAAAAUAACGCAUAUUCUUUUUGGUACCGUUGCUUACGCAAUGUCCGCUGUGACACUGUGCUAUGGUUUUAAUAAAGGCGGCUUCAGAGGUUGGGCAUCGGAAGACUUUGCGUACACUCUCACUGCUUUCACAGGCUGUUUUACUCUGAUUUGCAUCAUCAGCCCACUUUUCAAUUGCAUUGGGAAAACGGCUGCACUUAUAAAAUGA